UGUCUCUGGUCCCCCCGUUUUAAGAGACAAAGGUCAGAAAGAGAGGCUUAUAAGCAGGCUAAAAUAUAGGCAACCGACGCGUCUCGCCCUCAGUCGCUCUCACGGACACAAGAGGACACGGACAAGAACGGAGAAGGGACCGCGCUCAGAGGACAUUAAGAGGACAAAAUAAUAACAACAGAACAGAAUGGCUCAAAAAGAGAAACUUCAGUGCCUGAAGGACUUCCAUAAGGACACUCUGAAGCCAUCUCCUGGCAAGAGCCCUGGCACCCGGCCUGAAGACGAGGCAGAGGGCAAACACCCCCAGCGGGAGAAGUGGGCCAGCAAGUUGGACUUUGUUCUGUCUGUGGCCGGCGGCUUUGUUGGUUUAGGGAACGUCUGGCGUUUCCCGUACCUCUGCUAUAAGAAUGGUGGAGGUGCAUUUCUCAUCCCCUACUUCAUCUUCCUGUUUGGCGGAGGUCUGCCGGUCUUCUUCCUGGAGGUCGCCCUGGGUCAGUUCACCUCUGAGGGUGGCAUCACCUGCUGGGAGAAGCUUUGCCCCAUCUUUACUGGUAUUGGUUACGCCUCCAUUGUGAUCGUGUCCCUGCUGAAUAUCUACUACAUCGUCAUCCUUGCCUGGGGCCUCUACUACCUGUUCCAGUGUUUUCAGACGGAGCUGCCCUGGGCCAAAUGCAAUCAGCCCUGGAACACCGAUCGCUGCAUCGAGGACACCUACCGCAAGAACAAAUCCCUUUGGCUGGCUGCCAACGCCUCCAACCUCAACUUCACCUCCCCCGUCACCGAGUUUUGGGAACAUAACGUGCUGGGCAUCAGCAAUGGUAUAGAGGACAUUGGUCCUGUUAAAUGGGACCUGGCUCUGUGUUUACUGCUCGUCUGGGUCAUCUGCUUCUUCUGCAUCUGGAAGGGAGUCAAGUCUACUGGCAAGGUGGUCUACAUCACAGCCACGUUCCCAUUUAUCAUGCUCAUCGUGCUGUUGAUUCGUGGCGUGACGCUGCCAGGUGCUAGCCAGGGCAUCAAGUUCUACCUGUACCCUGACCUCUCUCGCCUGAAGGACCCAGAGGUGUGGAUUGACGCCGGCACCCAGAUCUUCUUCUCCUAUGCCAUCUGUUUGGGCGCCAUGACGUCUUUGGGGAGCUACAACAAGUACAAAUACAACUGCUACAGGGACUGUUUGCUGCUGGGAGCCCUCAACAGUGGUACCAGUUUUGUGUCUGGCUUCGCAAUAUUUUCCGUCCUGGGCUUCAUGGCACAAGAGCAAGGGGUGGACAUUGCUGAUGUGGCAGAGUCAGGUCCAGGCCUGGCGUUCAUUGCCUACCCCAAGGCUGUAACCAUGAUGCCUUUUCCUACAGUUUGGGCAGUUCUUUUCUUCAUUAUGCUGCUGCUGCUUGGCCUCGACAGUCAGUUUGUGGAGGUGGAAGGGCAGAUCACAUCACUGGUGGAUCUGUAUCCGUCCUUCCUAAGGAAGGGUUACCGCAGAGAGGUCUUCAUCGCUAUCAUCUGCUGCAUCAGCUACCUGCUUGGACUCACCAUGGUUACCAAGGGUGGCAUGUAUGUUUUCCAGCUGUUUGAUUACUAUGCAGCGAGCGGUGUGUGCCUUCUGUGGGUGGCAUUCUUUGAAUGUAUAGCUGUUGCCUGGGUUUAUGGCGUUGAUAAUUUCUAUGAUGCGCUUGAGGACAUGAUGGGCUACAGACCAAAUCCUUGGAUGAAAUGGAGCUGGACUGUUAUCACUCCUUUACUGUGCAUGGGCUGCUUUAUCUUCUCCUUGGUCAAAUACAAGCCAUUGACGUACAACAAGGUCUACGAGUAUCCUGACUGGGCCAUCGGAAUAGGUUGGACUCUGGCCUUGGCCUCCAUGAUCUGCAUCCCCAUGGUUGUUGUCAUCAAGAUCAUCCGAUCUGAUGGGCCACUCAUUGAGAGGAUCAAGGCGGUGGCAGCCCCGGUUCGGGGCGGGGCCAGCUCCCGUCCCGCAGACCAUCGUGGCCUCAAGGAGCUCUCCUACCCUCUGGACCCCAACGGGAACAAGGGCCUGCUGAUGAAGGCUCCCACCCACACCAUCGUAGAAACCAUGAUGUAAAGGAAUGAGGCGGAGGCUCUCCAUGAGAUCGCUCUCCUCUCCUCUCCUGUCCUCUAAAAUGCUUCUGAAGCUAGCUAGCGUUCUGUCUAUCUGUCUCUCUGUCUGUCUGGUGGACUGAUAAGGGUUUUAAGGAAGAAAAAUGUUCCCGUUUCAAAUCUUUUAAGAAUACUUUGGAAGUAGUUUGCUCUUGGUGGUUUUCUUAAAAGGGUAGCAAUCACAUUUCAAAUCUAUUUCUGAAUGACUCACGAGUUGUUGUUUUUUUCCUAUUUGUAAUAUUCAUGUGACUACAUGUCCCACUAUUGUCUCGUUUAAAGGCAGAGUGGCGAAACAGCACCAGCCUCUGAUCAGACGCUGGUGGAGUUCUGUUCCACCAGCUACUUUGGCACAACACCAGCCAUUGUUCUAAAAAAAGAAGAAAGUGGUUAUUGAGUCUUGGAAUCAAACAGCCUUUUGUAGCCACAGUAUGAAAAAGGUUUCCUCCAUUGAUCACAGAUCAUCAAAAGCAAAUUUUUUGGGCCGUUCUUGAUGAUAUAACAGCUCUCUGCUUGUGAUAUGAUGAAUUGAUGCACUUAUCUGAGGGCAUGUGCCAUAGAGUUUGACUUAUUCUGUUCCACUGUGUUCUGUAGCUGAGGUAGACGUUGGAGGCGCUACAGACACAGGAUUAUUAACUAAAAAAAGCUAGUUACAGAUAAGAUAUCAGAGAUCGACAGAUGUAAAUGAAUGUCCCCCUUCAGAAAUCGGAAAUUCUGAUGAGCAUGUUGAUGUUAUUUCAGCUGCGCGAGGCAACAUUGCUAAUGAGAAAUAUCACCAAUCCUGUAGAUUAGCGUUUUUCUGUCCAAUCUUAACAAAACUAUCUAGCAAAGAUCCAAAAAUGCAGCCUCGUUUUUCCCCCUAUAAUCAUAAACCAGCCAGAUUGGAAACCACAAGCAUGCUGAAAAAUCAGAUAAAUGUGUAACUGACACCGCCGUAAUAGCCGAUGACCCUUCUCAAACCAGCUGCCUGGUUCUUUAAAUGCACCUUAGCACACAUGCCCCCGUCGUCCGUAGUCUUAAACUAUGGGUGAAAGAGCAAACUAGCACUGAGACUGUGUCGGGGAAACCUGCUCCUGCACAAAGAGGGAGGUAUCGGAAAGGAUUUGAAGUGUGGAGGUUGAACCCUUGAGUGUGUUGUCUGUGGCGUACUGUACAGUAGUAGCUAAUCAGUCUAUCUAUAUCUAUCUCUAUCUAUCUUUCUCUGUCCUAGACCAGUUUACAGUACAUUAGUGACUGCACUAGGCACUCUUGGCUUACAAUUUUGGAUUGGAUUUAUUUUAUUUCUACAGAGGAAGUUACAUUAUUAUUAGUUUUCCUCUGUUAAUGUAGUUUUUUUUUAUUAAGACUAUAAUGUUAUUGGUAUUCACUAUUGAUGGUAAUUGCUGUAGUUUUACAUAGAAGAAGGAACACUUCUUUCAUCUGAAAAUACUAAGCUAUUAUACAAAUCACACGUUUGCAGUGGCAGCCAUUGUAGUAAGAGUCCUCAUCAUGCACUUCUUCAGCGUCGGUCCUGCCAACAAGUCCGUCUCUAUCACCGCACAGCAAACAAUGCAAAUGAUUUUUCCCAAAUAUUUCUCUUGUGGGGGUUGUGGGUGAAACAUUCAGUGAGAAGUUCAAUGUACAGCGAAAAAUGGGAAUUCUACAAUGGCUCCAUCUGUAAGUUUGUAGGUGUUUGGGGUUUAUAGCUUUUCCUCUUCUGUAAAUACCAGGGGACAGUAUUUAAUUUGGAUAACUUCAUCAAGACGGGGCAUGUAACCUGCGGUUAAACAACACGUCGCCAGCUCAGUGACUCAAGGCAGCCAUUAGUUUGGUGGCACUCAGCCGGCGUCAGACUGUCGACUCACCUGAGUGUCAAACUGCUUUCCAGACACUGUGAAAUGAGGCAGCUGGCUGCAGGCAACUCCGAGCCGGUGGACGACAGAGUUUAGGCACCUUUUUUUUGUUUUUUCCCGUGGUCGCCAUGUUGCUGCACCUUACUUGAAAUGAGAGCUGCAGAGCUUCAUUUCAAACACGGACCCCCAACUGUUCUAAAAAACAGUUGAAAGUUUGUUCCAUAUACAGCUUAAAUUAUUAAUAAUAAUAAUUCUAAAAAAACUUGACUUUGUAAGACCAAAAAUGCUGCCUGGAAUUCAAAUGAAUCCUAACCAAAAAUAACAGUAAACUUUGAACAUACUGUAUUUAAUAAAAGCUGUAAAAUUGGGCAACAGGAAAUCUGACACCCCUAAAACCUGCAGGAAUAGAUUCAGAGCCUGAACUUGAACACAUUGAAAAUGUCUUUUCAUGACCUGCAGAUAAACCCAGACUAACUCCCAUUUCUCUCAGAUGAACGUGUGCUGCGUUGAUCCGAGCUCUCACGUUCGUCGCUGCAGAUGUGUGCGUGUCAUCAUGUUGAACGUCCAAACUCUGUCGAUCAUCGGCAGGGUGAGAAAACGUGCCCUGCGAUACGUUAACAAUCGCUGUAUCUUUAACUCUGGCUGUAGUAAAACUACAUUACAUUCUUCAUGAAAAUAGAGGGCCAUAAUACUGACAAUGUGAACUAUUGACACCUGAAAGCAUCUGAGGAGUAUGACGGUUAUAGCUGUUCCAUUCAUUUUAAUAUGUCUGUGUAACAAGGGGUUUCCCAUGUGUAUGUGUCACCAGCGACCAUCCACUCAGGACCUUCUCUGUAGUGCUUUUAUCUACUGUAUAGCUGCAUUAACCCAGCAUCCAAAAAAUUAGACUUGUAACUGUGGGUGACAAAGAGCGAACAUUUAACAGUAGCAAUCAAAAUUGAUGUUUUGUGCAGCUUGAAAGGCACUCGAUCCGUUCUUUGCCACACGGAAAGGAAAGUCACACACCUGAACUGCCUAUUUUAUCCACAAUCAAAGACAAAAAUAGAGAGAGAGUGAGUUGACGUGAGUUUUUAUUGCACCUUAUUUGUAUAAUUUGGAUGAGGCCACACAAACACUGCCAUCUUUUCCUUCAGGGUCCUCACUGGCCUCAAUAGAAACGUAAAAAAAUCUGAAUAUCGUCAAAACACUUAAGGUUUUAGCUUUAGGUGCUACUCUCCUCCCAAAAGCAGACAUAUUAAAAUAGAUCAAAACAUUCAUAAACAACUCAUUCACAGCAGAUAUACAGUUAUACAGUACACACGCAUUGCAGGAAUCUCACCAGUAACACCACAUCAGAAGUGAUCGCGAGACCUUGUUUCAUGUUUCAUCUAAGCUUCGAUCAUGUUUUUGUCAGUUAACCUUUCAAAUAAAUAGUUCAUAUCAUUAAAAGGGAUUUGUGAAACCAAAUCCACAGCAGACAUCUAUUUUCAUACGGUAACAAACUUUUCCUAUAUAAGUCGUCUUUGUACAGUUAAGCUCCCAUCGCAGACCUCCCAUUUUAAUACAAAUACAGAGCUUCAUCUUAAUCUUAAACUUUUGUACAGAUCUGGUCCUCGGUCCCCCUGAAGGAUCUUUGCACGACGGUAAAAAAGAAAAAAAAAAUCUGAAAGCAAAAAAUUUGCCGGCACCUUCCAGGAGGACCAACAGCACAAAAUAAUUUCAGGCUUUUUGAACGGUGAAAGACUCUGUUUUACCUUUUAGUUUUGUCUACUCAGGUUUCAGCUUUAGUGCAUCUAUAGAAUUUGAAAAAGAUGCACAGAAUGGAAAAAUUGUUCAAUAUCAUGGGAACUUAGACAAAUUGCUGCCAGUGUUUAGAAUUGAACAUCUGUAGCAAAGAGUAAAAACACAGAAACAACAACAGGUUCAGGCCGUGUAAAUACAUCCGCCCGCAGCCGAAUUUUCCGAGUGCUAAGAUCCUUCCUUUGUUGGGGAAACGUGGUCCAGAAAUAAUAUCUAAUGCAGUCAUUUAUUGGUUUAUUCUGCCUCUCUGUGUAUAUUUACAGUAUGUACCAGUCCCUCUGCCUUCUUACACUCCCCGUCAGUUAGCCUACGUAUGUAAACCUUCCGAUAACCUAAGCUAACCGAUUUUUCUCAGAGAUAAUGAAUUUGCAAGAGAAUCGAAGCAUUAGCGAUGCACAAGUUUUUACCGCCGAAUGUUGAAAUGUGAAAGUCACCUGCGGGUGAAUGAUAAAGUUUCUGAAGAUUUAUUUUUUAGGGUGAAAAAAAAGAGAAUUAAUUUCUUUUUAUUUUCGUUGAUCUUGUUUUAUUGAAUUUAGCCGUUUCUUGUCUUAUUUUGUUUUUGAUUGUAUGUCUGUCACAUUUGCCUUUUGUAUUCCAAAUAUAGUGUAUUUGAACCUCUGUCAUUGGAGUAACAUGUACAACUAUCAAUCAAAAAGAAACAAAAAAAAGCUACAAUUUGUUACGUGCAAUACUUUGUAGAAUACUUUUAUUUUUCAUGCUGUUUUUCCAGUAGGUGGUACUAACCUUUGAAGUAAAGACGAUAGCCUGUGAAUUCUUGAGGAAGACAAUUUGAAUCUUCAGGGUCAAGUUAAAUUAAAACCUGCCACAAAAUGCUCUGCAGUGUGGAACGAAACCAAACGAAACCACUAUUCCAUCAAAGAUCUUGUGGUUUGAAAUGCACUGAGAAUAAAACGAUUACUGAACUUCAUCACAUCAAAUGGAAUUUCUUUGCGAAAUACAAUUUUUUAUUUUUGUGACAGACCGAGUGAGUUUUUUGACGGGUAUGAAACACAGUAACACUGCCACUAAGCCCACCGUCUUUUUCUACCUGCCUACAUUUAUCUCAGCACUGCUUCGUUGCUAAAAAUCAGGCAGCCUUCAAAACACAAGCCACCACCAAAGUUCAUCACAUUAAAUUUGCAAAACAUCAUAUCUGCUAAAUGGAACCAGUACCUUACAACGCCUCUAAGCCUAAUUUGCUUGUGAUGGAACAAAUACCCUGGAGUAAUUUCAGCUGCUGUUGGGAAGGCUGCCCCUCAGCAACAAAGGCAGUAAAUCCAAUAAAAACCAGAUUAAACCAUAUCAAAUGUGGGCUUUCCUUUAAAACCUUGUAUGCAUUUUCUACAUUCUGCUUAUCACAGUUCAACUCCAGUCCGCCAAACCCUGCAACCUUAGUGCUUUAUCAAAGAAACUGAGAAACCAAACUACAUCUACACAGAAACAGAUAGCCGGAUUGUAAAUUCCAUGUCGCCUACGUCCCGUUUGUUAUAAAAAACAGCACCAUAUCUGCAGGAUGCAGAAUCUGAUCGUCUGUUUCUGUGAUGAAGAUGCAACAUUAGACCAUACAGAUGUGAUCUUCAGGCUAUGUAGAGGUGACACAAAUCUGUUUUAUCAGUCAACCUGUGACUCUUUGUGUGGCUGCGAAGGAAGAUAAACAGGGCUCCAUUUCCUGGCAGUGACCUUAAUGCAAAGAUCGUCCUCCUUCUUCGGCUUCAAGUUUGAAAAAGACGUCAUCAGCUAAUCGAAAUGUUUGCCAUUUUUAGCUUUAAGUUUUGACUUGUGAGGAAAAGAUUCUAAUAAUGAAACGAGAGGCUGUAAAAUCAUCUUUCCCCCUGUCACUUGCUUAAAUGAUGGCAAUCUGUGCGCAAAGCCCUCUGGGAAAUGGAGUCCUGCUCAUCCUCCCCAUCCUCUCUGUCAUCAGACUCAUUCUGAUCAUGGUCUCCAAUGACAAUGCCUCUGUCUCUCCUGCAUUAUACUGUAUACCAGCCCUUCCUUUUCGAGAAUGUACGUGGGAAAAUGUUUUUUUUUAAUUCUUGGCGAAGAAAAAAAAAAACAUUUUUAAAAGAAUUUGAAAGCUUUUAUUUUUUAUUUCUAUGGCCAACCUGUAAGCUAGAAAAAAAAAAAAAAUAUAUGUGUUUGAACAGGUUUUACAAAGGUGUAAAACUUUUUUUAUUUCUUAAUAAAAAAUUUGUCUUCAGAAAAAUGA